AUGCCGCGCUUGUACGUCAUGGUGAACCUGCUACGCAAACACCUCCACGUGAGCGAGCAGACGCCGGUGGUAGAGCUGAUCAAGGAGGGAUACACCAUCUGCAACUGGAGCUACUCCCCCGAUGAAGGGAUAGGCGACCCCGUCACCAAGUUGUACAAAGCGAUCGUCCCCUCCAGCGAACGUAGGAAGUACGAAGAAUCUGGGGAAGCGUCGGGGGACCCUCAACCACCCGAUGCUGGGCAUGGUCCAGCCACGGCUUCACCGUCGUCGUCGGCAGCGGCAGCGGCAGCGGCAGCGGCGAAGGCAUCACCAGCAGCGCAAGCUGCAUCAUCGUUGUCCUCGCCAUUACCAGCACCUUCAUCACUAGCGUCAUCUGUGGCACAUCCUCCACAUCAAUCGCCACUCUCAGCUCAACAUGUCCCCAGGGAAAGCCCUGGAUCCAUCGAUGAGGACACAAGCACAUCUGCAAGCAAGCGUGCUCGAUCCGAUCCGAACAGGAUCGAUUUGACUCGGGUCAGCACUGCUAAGGAAGCAGAAGAAGUAGCCAACAGUUCCUCGCAUACGUUAGACCAUUCCUCCUUCUUUGUGGAUCGCAGGUGGAAAACAAGACCCGAAUGCACCGACUACAUAAAGAAGAUCAACAUCCUGCAUGGCGCCCGGCAGGUUUCGUGCAACUCUGAGAACAAAAUGCACGGCAAACGUGGGUACUUCAUGAAAUGCACUUCUCCCGGCUGCAGAUAUGAGCUCCGGGUCAAGAAGAAACAGUCCUCAGACCCUUCGAAAUCAUACUUCUGGAUCUGUGAAGAAGACAGCGUAAUGUCGCACGAGCCCAUUCUUUGCGCCUCCAAAGCAAAGGCCACGGUCAGCUUCCUUUUGAAGAAUGGAUCGUUCCGCUCCUGGAUACAGGCUGCUGCUGCAGAUGGUGCUAAUGGUGCUCGGGUAACAGCCAAGGAGCUGCAAGAUAAGCUGCAGCUGGAGCUGGGCGUUCAGGCGACAAUUCCUGUGAUCUAUGGCGCAAGGAAAUGUCUGGAGUCGGGGACAUGGAUGGAGUACGAGAGUUCUUUCAAUCUUCUGCCCGCAUGGCUCUCGGCCUAUUGCAAGUGCAAUCGCGGCAGUUUCUAUAUCUGUAAUCCUCCACUUGGCGAGGGCGGCGCAGAGGGGCCACCGAUGCUCGAGCAGUGCAUGUUGGCGAAUGGAACUGUGCUGCAAAUCGUCAAGCAAUGCGGAUUGAGAGUGUUGAGGCAGCGUUUCUCUCGCUUCAAGCACAGAUGGUUCUCGGGCAAAGCUUUGGUGGUUGACGGAUACCUGCCCGACGGAUCGAUCCUUCCGAUUGCUGCUGCUAUCUUUCCUGGUUGGCAUGCACGUGAGGAAACAGUAGACGCUGAGACUGCAGCGAAUGCAAGCUUUGUGUGGGAGGAGCUAAAGAAGUCUGAUAUGGGAGAGUGGCUUUUGCCAAGUGCUGGCUCUUUGACAGUCAUGACGGACCUUGAUUCUGCGAGCCUUCCUGCAAUCAAGCAGAGUCUGCCUCAUGCAAACGUCAUAUACUGUUGCAGGCUGCUGCUUUCGAAUGUGAACGCAUUCUGUAGAAAAAAGGCGCGAGCGCAACUGCAAACCAUCUCCAAUGACGAGAAACAGUCCGCAGAAAUCUUAUUUUGGAAAGCUCAGGCAGCGGACAACCUGCAAGAUUUUUUUUCCAAGAUGGACGCGAUUGGAGAAGCGAAUAGAACUGCAAAGGAUUACCUUGACAAAGCAAAUUUCGCGCAGGCUAAAAGUCACAUUCCCCGGGAGGAGGACGAACAGUGCUCCAUCAGAGCUGUCAGGACGUACGGGAUCAACUUCCAACACCCUGAACAAAGUGAACCCCCUCGGCCGAACGAAGUCUUGCCCAAGGACGUCUCCCCUAUGAGGUUCUUCCAAGAGCUGGCAGAGCAAUGGUUGGAAGCUAUGAACAAGCUGCACGCUUCGUACCUGCAACUGACACAGAAGCUCCCGGACGGCAGCGACCAUGUUUUCAUUUCAGAGAGCUUGACGCACGAGUACACCAGGCACUACAACCAACAUCUGCGCAUGAAUGUGCCACAAAGAGCAUCCAGUGAGCAGAUGGUCUUAGUUCGUGCCAUGGGGGAAAAUGGGAUGUUGGAGUCUUUCUCUGUGAAUUUCAGAGAAAAGUAUUGCUCUUGCUCCUUCUGGCAGCUUACCUCUCGGCCGUGCGCGCAUGCUAUGGCUGCUUCGCGAAAACUUGGGAUAGCAGCAGGAGACAAUCGCCUGAUGAUCACGAGCUUGUAUGACAAGGUGUGGCUAGCAAGCAACUUCACAGAAGCCCCGGCGCUGAAAGACUUGUUCUUCGGAUAUAUCCCGGACACCAAAGACGUGCUUCCCCUGGCUCAGGGGUACCGUCCCCCACCAGUGGAUCAUUUUGUACUCGGGGAGUCACAUGGAAAGUCGUCGGAACAAGAACGGCGACCUCGACCGCCUGCUAAGCAGGCAAGGGAGCAGCUGAUGGACGGAGAUGAAGUGGACCCGUCGGCGCAGGAUUCGUCCCAGGGAUCAAAGAAGAAGAUUUGUCGUUCAUGCGGACAAGCUGGGCAUAACGCGCGAACUUGCGAUGGUACGGGGAAGCUAAGGGAGGGAACUAGGAGGAGGAAGCAAUCCGUCAAGAAGAAUGUCAGCGAGCCUGAGCAGUCGAGGUCUCAAGAUGCUGACGGUGAAGAUGUGCAAAGAAGCUCUCCGGCCGCUCAUGAAGCCGGGCCUGUGACGCAGGAGCCUUAG